GCCAUGACCACCACAGCCGCACUCGAGCAACUCGCGACAUACCGGGCGCACAACUCUCGCGCAUCUCAAGAGACCUUCCAGAAGGGUCUCCCGCUCUUUCAGCGGAAUGCGUACAAGAAGAUGGGUGAUGACGCAUGGUCCUUUCUAGAACAGCUUGCUCUCGCCUCGAUAGACAUGGGACGGUACGACAUUGCAGACCAAUGCCUGAAAGUGUUGGAGGAGAGGUUCACCGGGUCGCCUCGCGUAGAUUGUCUACAUGGUAUACUCAUGGAGGCAACGGAGUCACCGGAGAUUGCGCUCAAGUACUAUAACGACCUGUUGGAGGCGGACUCGGCGAAUGCGCCAAUAUGGAAGAGGCAGAUAGCUGUCCUUCGGCACAUGGGGAAGAUUGAGAAGGCUGUGAAUGAGCUAUCGCAGUUUCUGGAUACUUUCUACGCGGAUGUAGAGGGCUGGCUGGAGUUGGCUGAUAUCUACGCGACGUGUAACCGGUAUGAGAACUCCCUUCAAGCACUCUCCCAUGUCAUCGUACUCGCACCCCAAAACCCCUUUUAUCUGCUGCAAGCUGCCGAAACCGCAUACACGGCGGGCGACGUUCCGCUCUCUAUCCGGAUGUUCCUCAUGGUUGUUGACAUGUCGGACGGCGACGACAACGAGCCACUGGCGGAGUCAACGCCGCUUGGAAUCACUGUUCGCGCUUGGUAUGGCGUCAAGUUGUGCUCGCGACGCCUCAUCAGAGAUCCUGAACAUGCUUCUGUGUCGGCGUCCCAGACAGAUACCCCGAAGAACGUUGCACUGCUGGACGAGCUCGCUACGGAACGGCUUAGGAUUGCGUACUCGAGUGCGGGAAAGAAAGGAGAUAUUGCGCAGGGAAGAGACGAGGUCUUUGCUUGGGUCGCUGCUCCUUAGCGUAGAGGGUUGCAAUCUCUAUUUCCGUCCUUUCAUGUGCCGUAGAAUUACAGUUUUCAGCGUUUUGAAAACCAAGUGUACUUGCUCUUGUCUAGGACUCUUUGGUGUCUG